AUGGCAGGGAAUUAUCACAGGGUGACUGAAGACGGUAAGAGCCGCUUCACCACCCAGCAUCUUCGUGAUCUUGAAUUCGACUCGCGACUCCUCACUUUAGACUUUUGGCUAAACGCUCAAGAAGUUUAUUCCGAUUUUCAACAUGGUGUAUGGGAACUUCUCCGAAAAGUCACGUUCGAUAAGGUCCAAAACAUACAAACGUAUCGAUUGGUUCGUUUUCUUGCUGUGGUAGGACCUGCAGCUUUACCGCCAGACCAAUUAGACAGAUACAAUCGCCUUAUAAACGAUAUGCUGGCAGUGUACAAUAGUGCUUCAAUUUGCGCCUUCAAAGAUCCAUUCCAAUGCGGUCUGAAAAUUCAACCCGAUUUGUCAGAUGUAAUGGCCAAAAGCAGAGACUGGGCAGAAUUGCAACACGUCUGGACAGAAUGGAGACGAAACUCAGGCAAUAAAAUCAAAGACACCUAUGAACAGCUCGUCGAUUUGACCAAUCAAGCAGCACGAUUGAACAGUAAGAAUUAAACUGAUUAAAUUAUCUACCUAUUGUGGACGCGUUACAUAACAAAUCAUUAGCAGUACAUGGAUUAUAUUAUAGACGUAUUGAAAAAGAUACAUUGAUAUUAAAAUAAGAAGGCCGAAAAAGACUUUAUUUAUUAGUAUAAACAUUUAAAUUAUNCGUAUGUCAGAAGGAAAUUGAGGGAGUAUUACGGACCGGAAAACAUAAAUCGUCAGGCACCACUUCCUGCUCACAUUUUAGGAAAUAUGUGGGCCCAGUCGUGGACAAAUAUUUUUGACAUUACACAACCCUAUCCGGGAAGGUACUUUUUAGACGCUACUCCAGAAAUGAUAAGACAGGGAUACACGCCCAUUGACAUAGUAAGACUUGCCGAAGAAUUCUUUUAUUCGUUGAACUUCACUUCACUGCCGAACAGUUUCUACACGUCCUCUCUUUUCGAAGAACCAUUGGACCGUCAAGUCAUUUGCCAAGCAUCAGCUUGGGACUUUUGCAACAGAGACGACUACAGAUUAAAAAUGUGCACCCGGGUUACCAUGAAAGACCUGAUAACAGCCCAUCACGAAAUGGCUCACAUACAUUACUUCAUUCAAUACCGUAAUCAACCAAAAGGGUUCCGGGAUGGUGCAAAUCCAGCUUUCCAUGAGGCUAUAGGAGAGGCCAUUGGUCUUUCAGUGGGCACACCCAAACACUUGCAAACAAUCGGUCUCGUACAAAAUUCUAUCGAAGAUACAUCUGUCGAUAUCAACUUUUUGUAUUCAGUCGCUUUGGAUAAAGUUGCUUUUCUACCCUUCGCUUACGUUAUGGACCUUUGGAGAUACGAUGUCUUCAGAGGACAAAUUGGAAAGGACCAAUACAACUGCCACUGGUGGAGACUGAGGGAGCAAUACAGCGGUCUGAAGCCUCCUGUACUUCGUUCUGAACACGAUUUCGACCCUGGCAGUAAAUACCACAUUCCAGCCAACAUCCCCUACAUGAGGUAA